AUGGCAUCUCUCUCAGCUUUAUUUGCAGGAUCUGGUGUUCCUGGUUUGGCUAAUAUUGCCGGUACUGGAGGAAUUCGUCGAAUAUUAUGGUUAUUAAUAUUUAUUGUUCUCUCUGGCUUUAUGUGUCGCGAUCUAUUCAACUUAUUCAAAAACUAUAUCAGUUAUCCUGUAACAGUAACAGUAAAAGAAGCCGAUUCGCGGGUGUUGCCCUUCCCAGCUGUCACUGUGUGUAAUUUAAACCCAGUCCAGAAGGACAAGUUUUGUUUAAACCGUAACAUUAAAAAACCGGAAUCCUUGGAGAGACUUUUGUGUGCAAGUAUAGAUGACUUGAUGUCAGAUGAGCGGUGUAAACUGACAGACAUAGAAGCCCAAACCUGCUCAUCCAGUUUGCAGUCUUUUACGUUGGAAAGAAAGCGUAAGAAACGACAACUGAACUUUGAAAUGCAGAAUAUGGUUCCUUCAGAUAUCGUGAGUUUGGACAAACUGGGUGUGAAUGAUCUUUUCAAUUCAAACAUCACGAGAAUAGUCAAGGCUGUAAUUCCUGUCUUUCAAAAGACAGUGCAGGAAACUACGGGAUGUAACUUUGGAAGUAGCGAAGUUCCGGAAAAACUGAUAAAUUUUCUGAAAGAUAUGAUAUCAUCAAUGAAGAAUCCUGCCUGUCUCAUAACCCCUGACGGAUUAGAGGUGCUUGAAAGUCUUGCAAGCAAUUUGAAAAACCAGCUCUCUGCUUGUACUAGCUCUAUUUUGAAGAAGUUUGAGUUGAGCGAAGAUGGUGAAAAUCCAUUAUGGGCGUUGACCAAUUCUUUGAACUCGUUUUUGUUUAACUUACAACGAAUGAACGGAGAAAGAGCCAAAGAGUUGAGCCAGACCUGGGAAAACCUUGUCUUAUCGUGUUUGUAUCAAGGGAGGGACUGUAAAAACAGCAGUUUAUUCACAGAAGUUUUCUACUCAUCAUACGGCAACUGUUACACUUUUAAUUUUCAUGAAGACAAUAAUCGAAAACCAAAAGAGGUCGAAGUAUCAGGAUUUACAGGACCGAAGUACGGUCUCGAGCUUCAACUUAAUCUCAACACCAGUCAGUAUAUGCCCACCACAAAAGAAGCUGGUGCCAAAAUAAUCAUCCAUAGCCCGUCUUUACGAGUAGACGCCGAUCAAGAUGCCAUUCACGUGGCACCGGAAGCCGUGACAUACAUUGGAGUAAAGAUGGUGAACAUCACAAGACUGCCGAAACCUUAUCCUGACAAAUGUAAUGAUGAUUGGCAAGAUGCUGAAUUAAAAAACUGGUCCAUUAACCUGAAUUAUGGGUACACAGCCCAAACGUGUUUAAAGUUUUGUCACCACAUAAAAGUUAUAGAGAACUGCAAGUGCCUCAUUACUUCAACCCCUGUACCCAGUUAUUAUGGACAAAUCCCUCAGUGCAGUUUUAAAAUACCAGGUAACAAGACCUGCUUGGAAAAGAUGACAAAAAUGUACUAUGAUGGGAAAAUGGGAUGUGAUUGCCCUCCUCGUUGCAACGAAAUGUCCUAUCAGAAGUUUGUGUCAGGUGGAAAAGAAACGAAACAGUGCCAGUUACUGAAAGAUUCGAGUGAAGAUGAAACGUCACAAGCCAUUUCUGAUACUGAAAAAGCCAAGGUCUUCAUUUACUUCCAGUCUAUGAGCUACCAAGAAAUUGUACAGGAACCAAAAUAUUCGAUUCCAAAUACCAUUGGCAACGCUGGAGGAAUCCUAGGAGUUUACAUAGGAUUCUCCUUCUUGGUCGUUUAUGAAAUAGUAGAAGUUUUGAUUCGCACGUGUCUUGGAAAUCAAAACAUCUAUCUAGACAGUGUCCACCUCAUUGGCCACAGUCUUGGAGCACAUGUGGCUGGCUAUGCUGGAGAACGAUUAAACAAAGUGAGAAGGAUCACUGGACUAGAUCCAGCUGGACCCUACUUCACAGGCAUGGCUGAAAAUGUUCGUCUGGAUAAGAGUGAUGCGGAAUUUGUUGAUGUGAUCCACACGGACAGCAGCAAGAUAUUGCUUUUAGGUUUAGGCACAAACGAAGUUGUUGGCCAUGUUGAUUUUCCCAACAAAGGAAAUGAACAACCAGGGUGUUUAUCUGAUUCAUUGAAAAGAUGUUUUACGGAUGGUGUUAAGAAAGUGGGUGUCAGAAGACUUAUUCGCUGUGAUCAUGUAAGAGCCAUCGAUUAUUAUCUUGAAGCUUUAAGAAAUAAAAAAUGUACACCAGUAGGGAUUGCAUGUGAGCGUUGGGAUGAUUUUAUCAGAGGGAAAUGUGCUGAUUGUGGUGAAGACAAUAGUAAAUGCGUCAAGCUGGGACCCCAGGCAGAAGAGUACCUGAAAUACAAAGAUGACAACAAAAGUCAGAAGCUGUUUCUGAAGACAGCAUCAAACGAUCCAUUCUGUUUAUUUCAUUACAAUGUGGAAGUCAACAUUGCUAAUCCAGCAAAUAGCACUAGCCAGAGAGGUCUUCUGUACGUUACAAUGAAAGGUUCUGAUGGCAAUCUGAAAACGCUCCUCAAUGAUAGGAAUGGGAGUUUAAAACCAGGAAAAAAGUUGAAAUAUCUCAUUACCUCGAGAAAAAACGUUGG